CGUAAAAAAAUAAAAAAAUUAUAUUUAUAAAAUUUCCACAAAUUUUAAGUAUCAAUUAUUAAGAAAAAAACAAAGUAAUUAAAUUUUUGUAGAUUAAAUAAAUUUAAAAAUUGAUUUAUAGUUAUUAUUGAUUGAAGCUUGGAGGGGCUUUUUAUAAGUAGCAAGUUAUACAAGCAUCGCUAAUAAAUAAAUAUAUAAUUUACGUGAACGCACGUGGUGUAAACAUAUGUGUGUAUAAAUUAUUGUUAUGUAGAAUAUGUUUAAAAGAGUAACUGUUGAAUUAAUACAAAAACGAUGGUACAAAAAGCCAUUGGUACGAGUGAGGUUUGCUCCGAGCCCUACAGGUGAUCUUCAUUUGGGUGGUUUAAGAACGGCUUUAUAUAAUUAUUUAUUUUCUCGUAAACACAAUGGUAAUUUUUUAUUACGCAUUGAAGAUACCGAUCAGACAAGACUACAAUCUGGAGCUAUGGAUAAUUUACUAAAUAAUUUAAUAUGGGCAGGAAUAAUUCCUGAUGAAGAUCCAGUGAGAGGUGGACCUACUGGUCCUUAUAUUCAAUCUAAGCGUCUUGAUAUUUACAAUGAGUAUGUCAAAAAAUUAUUAGACAAUGGUUCAGCUUAUCGUUGCUUUUGUACCGAACAACGAUUGAAUUUAUUGAGAAAAGAAGCACUUAAAGCUCGUUUAAUACCCAAAUACGACAAUCGUUGUCGUUAUCUCGAUAAAUCUGAUGUUGAUGAAAAAUUAAAAAAAGGAUUAGAUCACUGUAUUAGAUUUAAAUUGUCAUCAGACUCAUCUCAAGGAUUCAAAGAUCUUAUUUAUGGAGAAAUAACAUCUACAACACACCAGGAAGGUGAUUUUAUAAUUAUGAAAGCUGAUGGUUAUCCUACUUAUCACUUUGCAAAUGUUGUGGAUGAUUAUCUUAUGGAAAUUUCUCAUGUUUUACGUGGAGUAGAGUGGUUGGUAUCUACACCAAAACAUAUUGAAAUCUAUCAGGCUUUUGGCUGGACACCCCCUCAUUUUGCUCAUCUUCCUCUUAUUCUUAAUACCGAUGGUUCUAAAUUAUCAAAAAGACAGGGAGAUAUAAAAGUUGAUUUUUUUAGAGAUCAAGGAAUAUUUCCUUUACCUUUAAUUAAUUAUAUAACUCAUGCUGGUGGUGGAUUUUAUAGAGAUUCAUCUAUAUCGUGCUAUAGUUAUCAACAAUUAAUAAAACAGUUUGAUAUCAAUAAAAUAAAUACUAAUUCAUCAAAAUUGAAUAUUAAUAAUUUAAUGGAAUUGAAUAGAUUAGAAAUAUGUAAUUUACUUAACGAUGAAAACAAUACAAAGUUAUUAGCAGACAAAGUAAGAAAAUUAGUUGUUGAAAAAUUUUCAGACAGAAUAAAUGACGGUGAUUUGCAAUUAGAUCAAGAUCAUAUUGUUACAAUAUUAAAUUGGGCACGAAAUAGAAUAAAUACAUUAAAAGAUUUAGUUAAUAAAGAUUUAUCAUUUAUAUGGGUUCUUCCUCCACAAGUUAUCACUUUGGAAAAUUCUCAAUUAUUAAAAGAUCUCAGUAAAGAGCUUAUGAAGAUAGACAAUAAUGAUUUCCAUAAAAAUAAUUUGAAAGUUUAUUUAAAAAAAUUUUCCACCAGCAAUAACGUCGAGUUUACAAAAUUAAUGAAAAUAUUGAGAAGUAGUCUAAGUGGACUUGAGCAAGGUCCAAGUGUAGCUGAAAUGAUGGAAAUUUUGGGCAAAGAUAAAACCCUUUAUCGUUUAAAUAAGCAUGCGGGUGAUAUUUAAAUAUAUAUACUUUUUUUAAAUAAUAAUUUUAAGUAAUAAAAUUAAAUAUACGUAUACAUUGUUGUUGUUGAAAGUUUUAAGAAGUUGAGUAAAUAAUAAAAUUUUCGAGAGCUCACUUA